GCAAUUUAGUUCCUUAGUCGACGGGACUCGAAUGAGAGCGUGUUAGUGCAGUAUAGUUGAAGUUUUAAAAAUUCUUGGUGUCUAUUGAGACCAAGAUGGAUAGACCAAGUACCAGCCGACAGUCUGUGGAGAAAGUGGAGAUGUUCGAGGUUCGGGAGCAUGUGCCCUACCAGGCGGAGCUGACACGUGCCCCUGCAGCCUACGACGAAGAGAGCGGGGACAUAUAUGACUCUUCCUGGUUGUCAGCGUUCCGGGCAAUAUGCCAGCUGAUCAACCUUCUCCACCACAUGCAAAUAGCGAUAGUGGUAUUCUGUGUGUGGCACUUCGCCUUAACCUCGGCACCAAAUGGAACUAUCAGCAAUCUGGAGCUACAUAUAAUUUUUGCUGGAACAGGUUACCAACUCUUCCUAGUUGAAGCAGUUUUGACACUGAACAAGCACAACGCCUGGUCAUUCCAGUUGUCCAAAGAUGCCAAACGAAUCGUCCACGGAUGUCUGCAGCUCAUCGGGUCCUUAUUUGUAUUGGCUGGCACCUUCCUUGGAUUGGCUAAAGUUGACAUGGUUGUUUCAAGUGCACACGGCAUCUGCGGUGUCAUCGCAUUAGCAUUUACAAUGGCAAGUUUCAUUAGUGGGAUCGUCGCACUAUUUUCUGCAAAAGUGCGAAUGAUUGUAAAAAGUGGUCCAGUCAAGAUCCUACAUUUGGCCCUAGGACUGUUCUCUAUUUCCAUGGGUCUCAUAACAAUGGUCAUUGGCUUCAAUAUGGACUACUUUGCUGCAGCUCAAGGAGGUUUGUCGACGGCGCUCAUGAGUUUCACAAUUUUGAUUUUAUUGUACGUAAUGAUCCAACCCAUUGUGGAUUUAAUUUCGACUACAAAAAAAUCGAUGUGACUAGUAAAGAUGGAGGGCCCACCUGACGACGACAGCAAUGCGUAACAUUAUUAUUAAAAUGAGCACUUUUAGUUCGUAUGCUAGCUUAGACAACACGACCCCAUAAACCACGACCAUCAAUUCUAUUAAUGCUGCACUAUGGAAUUCAUCAUCAUUCGCAAAUUCAUUAAAUCCAAAAUAAUACUUUGUGUGAGGAAUCAAUGCGUGCUUGCAAAAGCUGAUUUUUAUACGUAAUACCGUUGUUACGCAUAAAAAAUCCUCGAUUGACUGUUACUAAUUAUGAUCAAAUUGUUUUAAUUUAUUAAUAUUCUUCGAACCAUUAGUUCUUGGUGUAAUUACCUAUAGUUUGUAAGACAUUUAACAUUUUUUUAUGUUAAUAGUAGGUAGUUAAGAGUGUAAGUAAUUUAUUAUUAAUAAGUACCUUUUCUUCUUUACAUUAAUUUUAAGCGCCUACUUAUAUUGUUAUUUUCUUAUAAUAAUAGUAAGUAUAACCUAAUACAUGCAUGUAUGAGUGUUAUUGAGUUAAUAAAUGUUUGUAUCAA